CGACGUCAAGACAUGCUAACUUCGUUGGUGAGGGCAAAUCUGUCCAAGUCCUCCUUUCGGACUAGAACCGAUCUUGGGGUGUGGCGAAGCUCAUCGAGAAAACUGUUUGCUAUGCAGGAAGUUACCGCUAAGAUGCACGACAGCGCCAUUAAGGAGCCGAAAUCGGGCGAUCCCGCGAGAGUAGGGAAAAAGAAAGAUGAAAAAUUCAUGUUGAAAACAGCUAAGGGUACCCGUGAUCAGAACCCCGUGCAGAUGGCCUUACGAGAACGCGUUUUCAACGUCAUCAAGGAAAGCUUCGCGCGUCACGGAGCCGAACAGAUCGACACUCCUGUAUUCGAGCUGAAGCAAACUUUGACCGGGAAAUAUGGAGAGGAUUCGAAACUCAUAUACGAUCUCGCAGAUCAAGGCGGGGAGAUGUUGUCAUUGAGGUACGACCUCACGGUUCCGUUCGCUCGCUACCUCGCGAUGAAUAAAAUCACAAACAUCAAGAGAUAUUCGAUCGGCAAAGUCUAUCGACGAGACAACCCCGCCAUGACCCGAGGACGUUAUCGUGAAUUUUACCAGUGUGACUUCGAUAUCGCCGGCCAGUACGAUCCCAUGCUCCCCGACGCGGAGUGCGUCGUCAUCGCUUGCGAAAUCCUCAGCAAGCUCAACCUCGGCGAAUUCCGAGUGAAAAUCAACCAUCGCGGAAUAUUGAAUGGAAUGUUCAAGGUUUGCGGCGUUCCUGACGAGAAAUUCAAAGAGAUCUGCUCGGCCGUCGACAAACUCGACAAAUCGCCCUGGGAGGAAGUGAAGAAGGAAAUGUGUGAAGUCAAAGGUCUGUCCGAGGAGGCGGCGGACAAGAUCGAAGCGUUCGUCAAGUUUAAUGGAGGCCCGGAGCUCAUCGAACAGUUACUGGAACAGGAUAUCGGCAAGAAUGAGAGCGCGAAAAAAGGACUCGACGAUCUGAAACUGUUCUACGACUACGCCACUGAAUACGGUGUCGAAAAACACAUUCUCUUCGACCUCAGUCUCGCUCGAGGGCUCGAUUACUACACGGGAAUAAUCUACGAAGUCCAGCUGGUGGGAGAAGGCGAGGAGGGCGUGGGCUCGAUUGCUGCCGGUGGCCGCUACGAUGGACUCGUGGGGAUUUUCGACGCGAAAAAGCGUUCGACGCCUUGCGUAGGCAUCUCAUUGGGAGUGGAGAGAAUUUUCACGCUCCUAGAAAACCAAUUGGCAGAGUCGAAAGCUCAACCUCGUAGUGUCCAGACUGAAGUAUUCGUCUGCUCGGUGCAGAAAGAUCUCGUCAAGGAACGAAUGAGAAUCUGUGCGGAGCUGUGGCGGGAAGGACUCAAGGCUGAGCAUUCAUUUAAAAAUAAUCCGAAGAUUUUGGUUCAAUUACAGUACUGUGAAGAUAAACAGAUUCCUCUUGCUAUAGUUUUUGGAGAGAAUGAGCUAUCACAAGGUGUAUUGAAAUUAAGAAAUGUCGCCACAAGAGAAGAAGUGGUUGUUCCUCGAGCUAAUCUGGUGGAAGCGAUUCGGGAGCGACUCGCGAACACAACCGUCUGAGAUAGAUCAAUGUACCCGGUGAUUUGACUUGGGUGUGAUACGUUGAGGGUUCACAAGCUGGAAAGCGGCACUAUGGUAAAAAUAAAAACCAACAUCACCGU